GUCCGGUUUUCGCAUCUGUGACUUCUUUGUCCAUCAUCGCUUUUGUUGCUCCAGCCAGCAUUUUCGCCAUCCGCCUGGUCCAGAAUAUGCUGUGUAACGUUGCGCCACCCUGUCUACGGCUGAGUCCCUGACGUGAAUCCACCAUGUCUACUUUUCCUUGCUCAAUCUCUAAUCUCCACCAUGAGUAGCUUCCAUCCCUCACACCUUCAGCUGCCACAACUGUGCCAUCUUCGGUACUGCUCAUGCUCAUGCUCAUGCUCAUGCUCAUGUCAAGGUGAAAACACCCUGCUCCCGUGUCAAUCAAGCGCCUUCUUCAAUUCGACAUUCUGUUGCAAUCAUGCUCGUCCGGUCAGCAAGAAGGCUGCCGCUAUCAUUCGUACUUCUGCUUGCCUUCCUGGCCUUCUUGGGUUGGGAACUCAAUCAAGGAAUAAGACAUGAGGAGCAUCCGUUGCCGCCAUCGCCUCCUCCGCCUCCUCCGCCUCCUCCGCCCGCUCCUAUCGAACCUGAGCAGAAGCCACAUGUCGAGGAGAAGAAACCGCUUCGAUUAGCACUCGUAACCUUUGUCACCGAGCAGAGAUCAUACCUUUAUCUCUCGCUAAGGAACAAAGAUCACUACUCACGCCGUCACGGCUAUGACCUUGUCAUCGACUACGAACAGCAUAGCGAAACUGGAAACCCUGUAUAUUGGAAGUUCGACAUGAUCGAAAGGCUUGUCAAGUCCGCAAAGUAUGACUGGAUAUGGUGGCUCGACUUCGACACACUCAUCACCAACACCAAUGUCAAUGUUGCCGACAUAGUCAACGACGAGUUGCAGAAUGUCGAGCAUGCUGACAAAGUUGACUACAUCUUCACCAACGAUUGCAACGGCCUCAAUCUGGGAUCCUUUCUAGUCCGCGCACACGACCGAUCCCUCGAAUUCAUCCGCCGCGCGCUUGAUCUCCGCCACACCGACGAGGGCAAAGACUAUAGCGAGCAGGAUGCCCUGGUACGUGUUAUGAAGGAGGAGCCAUACUCGAAGAGGUUCAUUAUCGCGCCUCAAUCGAAAUUGAACGCCUUUCCUGAAGAGAUCAAAUGCUACGAAGAUGAGCAUGGUCAGUGGGAGCCUGGCAAAUUCGUUCUGCAUUUCGCGGGCGCGUGGGCAUAUGUAAAGGGCGACGACCCUACAGGCCAACUUAUGGACAAAUACAAGCAUGACGUCAUGUGGGGGAAAUGGGAAGAUAUUUAUUGACGGUGAUGAUGAUUACGAUAACAAAUGCUGUGUGGGAUUACUGUGGGGUUUCGGGUAUCCUAGGAGCAUUCACUUGAGAUGUUAGACCUUCUCGCACUGGAGUACAGAACUCAAGCAAAACUGUUUAUACACUGAACUCACAAGAUGGUGGAGUUGCUAUGGCCCGGUGGAGUACGCACAAGAACACUUACUUAGUUUUAUUGGAACAUCGCA